CUUAUUUUGAUGAAAUUUAAGUACAGUUAUUUUCUGCUUCCGUUGAGGUGAAUGUGCUCAUGGCAGAGUAAACUGCAAACUGCUAUCCAGCAUACUUGUGUUUACCACCUCCAUGUACAUUGCACGAUCCUUAAGCAAAAUGGCAGGUCAUUCAUCUACAUUACUGCGCCUGGAACAAAGAGCGGUAGAAGCAGACAAGCUCAUAGAGUACUUGAAGCAGCAGGUUCACCUUCUGAAGGAGAAAGCUAUUACUCAGGCCACUGUUCAAGAGGAAAAGAAGUUAAAAGCUGAAAAUGCCAAACUGAAGGAGAGCAUUGAGGAAAUAAAGAGACAACUCCUGGAAAAGGACAGAAGAGCAGGGAGAGAGGUAGAUAUGCCUGCAGGGCACUCUACUAUCCUGAAUGCCUCCAAACCUCCAGCCUCCUUCCCUGCAUCUGCUUCACCUGCUCAUGCUGGUUCUGGCGGAAGCUUUUCUGUGAAGGAUGCAGAGGGCAAAAAGAAGAUUAAACCAGAGAAAAAGGAAAAACAAGACAAGAAAACAUCAUCUCAGGUGCCUGAGGAGUUAAAAGUGGAUGUGUCUCGUCUUGAUCUGAGGAUUGGCCGUAUCAUCACUGCUGAGAAGCACCCAGAUGCUGAUGCACUUUAUGUGGAAAAGGUGGAUGUUGGAGAGCCUGUUCCCCGAACAGUUGUCAGUGGGCUCGUCAAGCACAUUCCUCUAGAUCAGAUGCAAAACCGAAUGGUUGUCCUCAUGUGCAACUUGAAACCUGCCAAGAUGAGAGGAGUGGUGUCCCAGGCCAUGGUCAUGUGUGCAAGCUCGCCUGACAAAGUGGAGAUACUGGAUCCUCCUACAGGAGCUAUGCCUGGGGAUAAAGUUUUUUGCCAAGGUUUCUCAGGUGAACCAGAUAAGGAACUGAAUCCCAAGAAGAAAGUGUGGGAGCAAGUGCAGCCUGACCUUCAAACAGAUGCCAAGUGUGUUGCUACCUACAAAGGUUCUGCCUUUGAAGUGACAGGCAAAGGGGUUUGCAAAGCGCAGACAAUGAGCAAUAGUGGAAUAAAAUAAUUGUUUUGUGCCUAACAGUUAUGUGUAGACAUUGACAUGCCCAGAUUCAGAUUUUAAUCUACACUACACUGACACUCAUGCUUUAAUAAAGUGUGAACAGACA